CGGAAGCAUCUUACUGACUGCGAAAGCAAAACUUCACCCUGUUGUUACGGUUGUCGCAUAAAUGCGGCUUAAACGUUAAAUACUCAUGUAAACCGUUAAAACAAAAAAAAACAUUAGGUCACAUUGUUUCCCGGAGAUGGCUUUUAGUUUGUUUCGCGUUGCUGCACCGCUUUGUUUUGUGGUUUUAUCGGUUGUUGUCGCCGUUAUUGGACCAAAUCAGGCGAUGCCGCCUCCUCUGCCCGCCGCCCUCGGUGUGUGCUCUCUGGCCGGGAUGGCGCUCCUCUGGAGGGACAUUAGCUCCAAGCUGAGAGGUGACAAGCGGUCGUUGAGCAGUCUGCUCAGUCAGUAUCUGGCGGUGAAGGGUGUGGGCUGGCUGGGCAGGCGGCAGAGGAGGAAACUUGAAGCGGACACCCUGAAUGUGAAGCAGGUCCAGGAGGAGACUCUGCUGAAGCGCCUGCGUAAAAACGCAAACACAUGUUAUGGAAGACAGUAUGAUUUCAGCUCGAUUAAAGACAGUGAUGGCUUCCGGACUCGUCACCCCAUCACCACAUAUGAGCACUACCGUGAGCUCAUCAGUCGCAUUGCAGCUGGAGAGGAGAAGCUGAUCAUUGCUGAGAAACCGCUGAUCCUUGCAAUGACCUCCGGGACAUCAGGAGCCAGCGCCAUGCUGCUCAGCACCAAGGACACCAACACUGACUUCUUCCUGCAGGGAGUGACUGUGUGUUUGGAUGCCAUGCGAAGAGCAUUUCCUGCAACCGACAGCCUUCAACGCACCACCAAGUUCUUCUACUCACCUACUUUUCGUCAGUCUGAGGCUGGUAUUCCCAUCGGACCGAACUCCUCCACACCUGCCUCCUCACGCCACAUGCUCAACCUCUACACCACCCCAGCACCCGCCUUUGAGGUUCCCAGUGAGAAGGACACCCUCUACCUGCACCUCCUGUUUGCUCUCAAAGAUCCCAGUGUGGGAACACUGGAAUCCAACUUUGCGUCCACAGUCUUCUAUGCUUUCAGCGCAUUACAGGAUCGCUGGCAGGAGCUUGUUGAGGACAUUGAACGAGGAAAGGUCAGCAGUGCUCUGGCUCUGGAGCCCAAAGUGAGGUCCAACCUGGAGGCUCUGAUUAAGCCGGACCCAGAGAGGGCCGCUCAGCUGCGGGCCCAUUUCCAGGACGGCUUCCGUGGGAUCGCCAAGCGGCUGUGGCCUCACCUCCACCUGGUGCUGGCAGUGGACUCAGGCUCCAAUCAGAUUUACGGGGAAAUGUUGAGGGAGAACUACUGCCAGGGAGUGCCUUUCUAUUCGCCUUUCUACGCUGCUACUGAAGGUUUAAUAGGGGUGAACCUGUGGCCCCAGGAGCCAAGCAGACGCUACUUGCUAUGUCCUCGUUCGAUGUUCUGCGAGUUCCUGCCAGAGAGCAGCCUGGAUGAGGAGGCGCCUCACACUCUGCUGAUGGAGGAAGUGAAGGAGGGACAAAACUACGAGCUCGUUGUCACAAACGCUUCAGGACUUUUCAGAUAUCGCAUUGGAGACAUUGUGAAAGUAGUUGGAUUCCACAACCAGUGUCCCGUUGUUGAGUUUCAGUACAGACGGGGUCAGAUGCUGAGUGUUCGAGGAGAGAAAGUGUCUGAGGCGUUGUUCCUUGCUGCUCUGAAGAAAGCUGUUGCUCAGUGGCCGGGAGCUCAGCUGGUCGACUACUGCUGCGCUGAGAGCGGCAUCAUGGGAGAUUCGAUAGGCGGCUCUGAUCCUCAUUACCAGGUGUUUAUAGAGCUGAAAGGAGUGAGAAACCUCACAGAGGAACAAAGAUACAAGUUGGACAUUUGUCUCCAGCAGGACUCUGCUGUCUACAAGUCUUUCCGUAUCAAAGGCAGCAUCGGACCAAUGAGAGUGCAGCUGGUGGCGGAGGGUGCGUUCAAGGAGCUCCGCAAGCACAUGAUGGCCUUCUCCAACACCUCACCCAACACCUUCAAAAUGCACCGAGUGCUGCGCAGGAAAGAGUACGCCGACUUCCUGUUGGGAAAAACCGUCUCCUGAAACCUCUUGCUGUUGUGGAAGACGAGACAAAGCAUGUGGACUCUGAUUGUGGUGAGCGUUGACUGAAUGAAAUGUUUCUAUCAACUGUUCAUGAAUGAGUUGAUUAAUUGUGCCUUUGGGAACUCUUGAACACAAAAACACAACAUCAUAUAAUAAUUUGACAUUUAAUAAUGUUAAUUUGACUAAUUUAUUCCUGACCGCAUUCAUAAUUUUAUUAAAGUGAACUGUUAACCUGUAAGUUUUGUUUAAUGAAAUGUUUCAGGAUCUCGUCUUAUCUUAUUAUUUCGUUGCUUUAUCAAUACUGAGCUGAUAAUCCUACAGAAAAUGUGUUUUACUUACAUUUUAACGGUUGUUUAUGCAGCUGAAGAAAAAUCCAAAUAACAUUCUCCUCAUUUACAGCGCUUAAGCUUGUAAAAUGCUUGCAUCGAUGCACAUUUUUAACAAUAUAAUCCUUUCAAUUGA